GAGAAAGAGAAUGGCUCACAGAGAUCAUGGAGCCGAUGGAUGGGAACGCUCCGAUUUCCCAAUCAUCUGCGAAUCAUGCCUCGGUGACAAUCCGUACGUGCGAAUGACCCGAGUGAAUUAUAAUAAGGAAUGCAAGAUAUGUACACGCCCUUUCACGGUUUUUAAGUGGCAGCCUGGCCGGAAUGCUAGAUUCAAAAAGACUGAAAUCUGUCAGACUUGCUGCAAGCUGAAAAAUGUAUGCCAAGUCUGUCUUCUGGAUCUCGAUUAUGGUCUUCCAGUUCAGGUCAGAGACACCGCACUCAACAUCACUACUCAUGACUCUAUCCCUAAGAGCGAUGUCAACAGAGUGUACUUUGCUGAGGAUCAUGACCAAAAGACUAGAGCUGGGCUGGAUUAUGAAUCUUCAUUCGGGAAGAUGCCACCUAAUGAUACUAUUUCAAAGCUCCAAAGAACAACACCAUACUAUAAAAGGAACCGACCACAGGUUUGUAGUUUCUACACCAUUGGUGAGUGUAACAGAGGUGCCGAAUGUGCAUUCCGGCAUGAGAUGCCCGAAACAGGAGAGCUAUCCCAUCAAAACAUCAAAGAUCGUUAUUAUGGUGUUAACGAUCCAGUCGCAAUGAAGUUACUUGGAAAAGCUGGUGAUAUGGGCCCUUUGGAACCACCAGAGGAUGAAAGCAUCAGAACGCUUUACGUCGGUGGACUUAACUCGAUAACCCUCGAGCAGGACAUCCGGGACCGAUUCUACGCUUACGGAGAAGUGGAAUCUGUCAGAAUCUUGCCCAAGAAAGCCUGUGCGUUUGUCACAUACACAACCCGAGAAGGAGCAGAGAAGGCCAUUCAAGAGCUCUGCAACAGGCUAGUUGUCAACGGUCAGAGGCUAAAACUCACAUGGGCAAGACCACCUCAGGUCCCUAAACCUGAUCAAGGUGGUUCCAACCAACAGCAACAGGGCAGUGUGGCUCAUUGUGGUUUACUACCUCGAGCAGUUCUAUCUCAGCAGCAGGAUCAUACCCCACCGAUGCAGCAGUUCUAUACGCACGCACCAGGACCUUAUUACCCAUCCAUGGACCCGCAGAGAAUGGGUGCCCACAUUUCAACCCAAGAGGGGUCGUUGCCUUACCAGCUCCAGUAUCCUCCUAACCAUCAUCAUCCAGGUCCUGUGCACCAAUAUGCCAGCUAAGAAAGAACAUUACUUUAUAAAGUUCAUAUAAAACAGAUACAAGGGGGAUAAUUGUUUCUUUCAUCAUAGAUAUUCUGGCAAGCUAGAAAACUCCAGAAUGAUUCAAUUAGCCAAACUUAUUAUAGAAUUCCUCCCCUUC